AUGGUUGAACGUCAGUCUUCCUCUGCCAUGAUGAUUUUUUCAUCACCCACAUUUUUCGUUUUGGCUUCAUUGCCUGCCGUUUAUUCCAUCUCUUUUGAUACUCAUUGCACAUUACCUCAGGAAAUUGUCACCUAUGUUUCUGGACCUAAUGUGCGGUCAACUUUGGAAAUCUUUUGGAGCUCCAUGGCGACGAUAUUUCUUUGCACGUGGACAGUUUUACACCUGAACAUACCGAAGCAGACACUAGAGGCCGACAAACGGUCGUCACCUGCGGCAGCAUCAGAUAGCGACCCCGAGUCACUCGACAGUUCGGACACUGAUGUUGAGAUGCAAGCAUCAAUCAGCACUACCCUCGAUACUCAAGACCAAAGUUCGAACAGCUCCUUGUGUCUUUACUUUCGGCAUUUUGUCACAUGGCUGUCAAGAAAACCAAAGUGGAUGCUUGUGACUAUCAUGUUACCCGAGUUCCUGGUUGGCAAAUCAAUGGCUGAUUUCAUUGCUGCAUGGAGAUCAUCACGUUGCCACGUCAUGAGAACGAGGGCUAAAGAGUCUGGAAUCGAGUGGACGAUGACUCAUGCAUACUAUGCCAAUAUGGGUGGUUUCAUCCUAAGGUACCGAUCAGGUUUAUGCGAUGAAUGCCAGAUCUCGACCUUGACCCAUUAUCUCGAGUCGUCAUCACAAGUCCAGUCGAGUGACGUUGAAUGCCACCAUCCUCUCGGUUACACUACCACUCUAUCGACUUUACCAGUAGUUGAAAUGCCUGAAUGGCAGGUCUAUAUGCCUUACUCGGCGUUCCAUGCAGGUGUGAAGUAUGCAUGUGAUGAUGAUACUUCUGAUACAUCGCAGGAAUGGGAGAUCACGCUACCCAUCGCGGUUACCUCUUUAGAUCUAUGUGCAUUACUGAGUAAUGGGGCUGUGGAGAGGUUGCCAUCGAUUACGAAGCAUCAAAUCAACGCACAAAGCAAAGAGGACGCUCUAGUCAAGCUUUUGACAUUACUCCAGGUACUAUGGCUAUUCGCACAACUUGUUGUGAGGAAAUUUCAAGGUCUUCCUUCAACACAACUGGAAAUAGCUACUCUCAGUUACGCACUGUGUACCUUUGUCACCUACGCGUUCUGGCUUCAUAAGCCCAAAGAUAUGGUAUCAACGGUAGAUGUGAUUGCUGCACGGAGGCUUACGGACGAAGAUAUAGCGAAGUUGGAUAGGCUUUCGGCGGGUGGGUUUUUCACUGGACUAGUAUCCAAGACCAAUGGCGGAGAGAGAUCGACAUAUAUUCCAAAUGAUUCUUACAAUCUAGAGUCAUCGUUUGGAAAACUGCACAAUGGAGAGUGGGGGUACAUGUUCAUGUCUUCGGAAGAUAUUGGGUUCAUCAUCGGUGGUAUUGUUUUCGGCUCGGCUCAUCUUAUCGCCUGGAACUUCCAGUUCCCUACACCGAUAGAACAACUCCUCUGGAGGAUUGCAAGCUUGGUUACCAUCGGUAUCAUACCCGUUUGCUAUACUGUAUUGGUACCUCUGAGGUUGACGGGUUUUUUACUGUCACAGAUGGAGGAAGUUGACCAGAAGAAGGUUGAAGGGAUAGUGGAAUUCGUGUUCCGAGGCAGUGCCGUUACGGGUUACUUGAUUUAUGCACUUUGUCGGGUUUUCAUGAUUUCUGAGUGCUUUCGAGGGCUGUUUUAUUCACCCCCCGAGGUUUUCAAAGCUACUUGGACAGAAGUGUUGCCUCGUUUCUCUUAG